AUGGCGGACCCCCUCAGCAUUGCCGCCUCUAUUGUUGGCAUCAUCGCAGCAACAUUCGAGGGAAUCGGGCUCUUGUCAAACGCCAUUAACAAUAUCCGACACGCCCCCGAGUCUUUGAGGAGCAUACAAAGUGAACUUGCUCAACUAAAACCACUGCUGGCAAGACUAGAUUUUGCCAUAAGUGAAACUCCAGCCAAACUAGUGCUCAGUCCCGAGAUCAAACUUGCCUUGGAAAACUGCAACCGGGCGUGUACAGAUUUCAGUGUUUCCCUCACUCACUGGACGCGGCACUCUAAUGGCGAUAAGAGUUCUUUUUUUGAUAACGCCAAGAUUGGGGUCUUGCGCCAGAGAAGAAUUCGUCUCCUCAACGACCAACUGAGCCAAAGCAUCAAGAUUUUGAGUGUGACUCUGGAUACCGCAACCUAUCUGAAAAUGUCUCGACAAGAAGGGAUAGAAAAAGAGUUAGGUGAUAAAAUGCUCUUGAAUCUGGAGAGUCGCAUUACGAAAGGAGUCAACGAGGCUCGCGAUGAUCUAAAGGCAGCUAUCAAGUAUGAAAGGGGAGUAUUGGAGCUUCAUGAGAACGAAGACGGAGACAAAAGAGCUCUACUCAAUGAGAUAAUCCGGCAGAAAGGCAUGAUUGAGGCGUUUCAACGAACUUCAGAAGAAGCACUCAAAGCGACUGUGUCUGAACGUACCAAGCAGAAUAUCCGUGACGUCAAAACUACAGGCAACAGCAUUGCUUUGGCGGGGCUUAUCAACACAGACAGGGAAGAGACCAAUAUCGAACAGAAUAUUUCGCAGAUACACACGGAUGGGCACAGUAUCUCUGUAGCCGGAGUGGCAAAAAACCUUGAUAUCAAUUCCAUGUUCUCCCAGAUGAGAUCGCUGGAGUAG